AUGAGCUAUCAACCCGAAGACCCUUCAGCAGGUGCUGAGAUCGAUGAGCUGGAUUCGACUGCGAUUGGGCGCGCACGCCCCCGGCGCCACGACGACGAGGACGAAGGAUCUGAAACCUUCGAAGACGAUGAUUUGGAAAGUACUGUGGGUGCACCCACCAAUGGGCAGCAGAAGCACCAGGGAAAUGGCGAGGAGGAGAUAGAGCUUCCCGCUCAUGCAUGCGCAUACUGCGGCAUUCACAACCCGAGCAGCGUCGUGAAGUGUCUUUCUUGCAACAAGUGGUUCUGCAGCGCACGUGGUAACACAUCCUCUUCACAUAUCGUCAACCAUCUUGUCAGGGCUCGCCACAAAGAAGUCCAAUUGCACCCUGGUUCGUCGUUGGGGGAUACCAUUCUCGAAUGCUACAACUGCGGCACAAAGAAUGUCUUUUUGCUCGGCUUCAUUCCCGCGAAGUCUGAUACUGUCGUUGUUCUUCUCUGUCGCCAACCUUGCGCCUCUAUGCCAUCUUCCAAGGACAUGAACUGGGAUACAUCACGCUGGCAGCCACUUAUCGAGGACCGUUCUUUCCUUCCUUGGCUUGUUGGGGCUCCAACUGACCAGGAACAACUCCGCGCACGCCAUCUCAGCCCUCAGUUGAUUGCCAAGCUUGAGGAGAUGUGGAAGGAAAACUCACAGGCCACCUUGGAGGAUUUGGAGAAGGCCACGGCAGUUGACGAUGAGCCCGCGCCAGUGCUCCUGCGUUACGAUGAUGCAUUCCAGUACCAGAACAUUUUUGGGCCGCUGGUCAAAAUUGAAGCUGACUAUGACCGAAAGCUAAAGGAAUCUCAGUCGCAGGACGGAUUGAUCGUGCGUUGGGAUCUUGGUCUCAACAACAAGCAUCUCGCAAGCUUUGUCUUGCCCAAGCUCGAAUUGGGAGAUGUGAAAUUGGCCGUGGGCGACGAGAUGCGCCUCAAGUACAACGGUGAACUGCGUCCUAAGUGGGAGGGAGUUGGGUACGUGAUCAAAAUCCCGAACAACCAGUCUGAUGAGGUUACAAUCGAAUUGCGCGCCAAGGGCGACCACAAGUCAGUACCAACCGAAUGCACGCACAACUUUAUGGCCGACUAUGUUUGGAAAUCGACAUCCUUCGACCGCAUGCAAUGCGCUAUGAAGACUUUUGCGGUUGAUGAGCUCAGUGUCUCAGGCUACAUCUUCCACCGCCUUCUAGGUCAUGAGGUCGCAGCUGCCCCCAUGAAGACCCAGAUUCCGAAGAAGUUCAGUGUUCCUGGUUUGCCCGAUUUGAACGGCAGUCAAAUCAACGCAGUUAAGAGUGUCCUUCAGCGACCACUCAGUCUCAUUCAGGGUCCUCCCGGAACUGGUAAGACCGUCACUUCGGCAACUAUCAUUUAUCACCUCGCCAAGAUCAACGGAGGUCAGGUCCUUGUUUGCGCUCCCUCCAACGUUGCUGUCGAUCAGCUUUGUGAACGCAUUCACUUGACAGGUCUGAAGACCGUGCGUGUCACUGCUAAGUCUCGCGAAGACGUAGAGUCUGCCGUUGGGUUCCUUUCGCUGCACGAGCAGGUUCGUAUGAACGACAGCAACAUCGAGUUGGUCAAACUCAACCAGCUGAAGGCAGAGCUUGGCGACGUGAAAUUCUGA